AUGGCCGCUCUGCAACGGCAUGUCGCCACCAUCAAGAAUGCAUACUACACACAAGACUCGCGUUCACUCCUUGCCGCCUUCCGCCUUGAUCCAGACACCUUUGCUGCUCUACAAGCGGAUUUGAACAAGGAUGCUCGUGGAGAUCUUGCUGAUUGGGUCCUACGCCAGAUCUCAGUGUCUGGCGCUCCCACCGACUCCGAUCGCUUCCAAACACUAGUUGGAGACUUCUUAUCUUACGUCCGUGACCAUGCUCCGCUCUCACACGCCUCUCCAUCCAUACAGACAUCCUAUCCCACGGACUGGGAUCGAGCUUACGAUGCAUGGGCUCUCGUCUACUCUCGCGCUUCCACCUUCUUCUCCUUGCCCGACACCACAUGGUUCAUUCCGACCCUCAGGUUCUUUGCUUCCAGCCUCGUUACAUUCGCAAUGGCUCUUGACCAACGUACAGAUGCCAUUCAGAAACGCAAGACAACCGAUGCUGCAGGAAGACUUUCAAAAGCAGCUGGUAUGGCGGGUAACGAUCGGUCCCAAGCUCCAGCUUCCGAAACCAAGCGUGCUGCUGUGCUUAUGCUUGCCAACCUCAGCUUCAAAGCCUACUUCAAGCUCAACAACACUCGACUCUGCGAGACCGUCCUGGGCAGUGUCGAAAAUGCUCUCAAGGUGAACCGCACUUUCGCUCGCAACAGCGGCAUUCACGAUGGCUCGGGUGAGCAGUGCUACACCAGAGCUGAUCGCGUUACGUAUCGCUACUACCUCGGCCGCCUCCGGCUGUUCCAGCACAACAUCCGAGCUGCCUCCACCCACUUGAGGUGGGCUUUCGACAACUGCACGCUUCGCAAUCUGAGGAACAAGAGGGCCAUCUUGAUACCGCUCGUGGCUACCUACCUCAUAUUGGGUCGAUUUCCGCAGAUAGCACUCCUCGAUGCUUCCAACUUGACCGACGUGUACGGUGGCCUGACAUACCACCUGAAGAGCGGCCAGGCAGCAGCAGCAAUGCAGGAGCUGGACCGGCACAUGGAUUGGUUCAGAGUGCGAGGUCUCUAUUUCAUCUUGAAAGAGAAGCUACAGAUCAGCCUCUGGCGCAAUCUCGCGCACAAAUGCCUAACCCUUACCCAUCCAUCCGCCCCAGCCACGUCGGCUCCUCCAACCAUGCGACUCGACUUUCUACUCUCAGCCGCGCGCAUGGCAUGGCGCGACCCAUCCUUACAGCCUCAAGAUAUCGAGGCAGUGGUCGCUAGCAUGAUCGAUCAAGGCUUUAUCAAAGGCUACAUUCUUCAUUCUAAAGCUAUGCUUGUUUUGCAAAAAGGCCCUCACAUGGGCUUCCCUCCGAUAUGGAGCGUCUUCGAAACACGAUAG